CUUCUUCUUCUUUUCAUUGUUCUUCAACUUCUUGGAUUGCAUGGGAGGCUUCUCUAACGUAACGAAGUUAUCUCUGAAUUCGAGAGUUGAGGAGGAGGAGGGAUCAAGGAGGGAGAGAAUGUCGAAUAUUGUUGAUAAUGGAAAUCAUCAAGGCGUAAGGACAAUAGCAGUGGCCGUAGACGAGGGCAUUGCCAGCCAAAAUGCUUUGAAAUGGGCUGUUAAUCAUCUUCUCUAUGGAUCUACCCGUCAUACUCCUAUCAAGCUUCUCCAUGUUAUUAACCCUUCUAAUUCCAAAAAUACCCCCCAUGCAACUGGGCAAGCUCAUGAAGCUCAAAACAUGGACUUCAUGCUUCCAUUUCGGUGCUAUUGUACUCGCAAACGAGUACAAUGUGAGACUGUUGUGCUGGAGGAUCAAGAUGUGGCCGAGGCAUUACUUGACUACAUCUCCCGCAAUGGCAUUGAGUUUAUUGUUCUUGGUGCUACCGCUACAUCCAGGAUUGGGUUUUCUAGGCGUCUGUUCAAGGCAUCUGAGUCUAUUCCAGGCAGAGUCCUAAAGUUGGCACCACAUUUCUGCUCUGUAUACACCAUCAAACAAGGUAGGGUAUGCGAAGGGCGCGAAGCCUCUCGUCCUCUACCAAACAUUCGAGCAGCUGAUGAGAGGGCAGAAGAAUCUAAUCACGUAGGCAGAGCUCCAAGCAACAGAGCAUAUGAUGAGGUCUCAUUGCCUGACAAUGACAUCUCGCUUGGAAGACCAAGUACUGAUAGCAUAUCUUUUUACCAAAAUUUUGGGUCUGCUGAUAUGAGCCGAGUUCUUUCAGAAUCCUCAAAUUACUUGGAGAGUAUUGCAAAACUAGAAUCAGAUUUCGGCAGUUUCGAUUUGAACAUUCCACAUGAACUGUCAUCAAAUGCCCAAGGAAUGCCAUUCCUGUCACAGAAAGUAUUGGAUGAAAUGGAAGAUGAGAUGAAAAGGCUUAGAGUGGAGCUGAAGCAAACGAUGGACAUGUACCAUGCAGCCUGCAAAGAAGCAGUGGCAGCAAAACAGAAGGCUAUUGAGCUGGAAGAGUGGAAAAUGAAAGAAGGGCAAAGACUAGAAGAGACACGACGUGCCCUAGAAGCAACUCUGGCAGCUAUGGAGAAGGAAAGAGCCAACUCUAAGGCAACAAUUUUGGCAGCUGAUGGCGGAGCAGCUGAGCAGUUUGCUGACAAAGAGUUGCAAAGGACCAUAAAUGCGGAUCAGAUCUUCAAAGCUCUAAGAGAGGCUAAUGAUGAAGAGAAGAAAAGGGUUUUGGAUGCUUUAGGCCAGUCUGAUAUAGUUUUCAAAUACCAAAGCUUAGUUCAUAUUUUAGUUGUUUUAUUUUUCUUUUCUUUGUACUAUUCACUAUUUUAG